CGAAAACCCAGAGACCUUCAGAGGCAAAGAUGCGCACGGUGAACAUCUUCAGCCUCCUGCUGGUGCUGCUGCUCAGUGAGGCUUUUAUCUCAGCCCAGGAGGAUGGAGCCGCGUUACGGCGCAACCUGAAGCGUCGAGGAAUCAAAAUUAACCUCCAGCAGGGCCGCAUCGUCAACGGUGAGGAGGCGGCACCCAACAGCUGGCCCUGGCAGAUCUCACUCGCGACUGCAUGGAAUCCCCAAAGUCCUGAUGUUAUCGACCACACGUGCGGAGGCGUCCUCCUCAACAGUGAUUGGGUGCUGACUGCUGCCCAUUGCAUAAACACUAGUUAUUCUCAGUCCGUGCGUCUUGGAAAACACAAUUUGUAUAUGUUUGAAGAGGGACAACUUCAUGUGCAAAUCAAGAAUAUACACGUCCAUCCGAGAUGGAAUGCAGACUUUGCAGAAUAUGGGUUUGACCUUGCACUCAUUGAGCUCAAUGAAUCUGUGCCGAUCACCAACACGACCCAACCUGCGACCCUGCCCUACCCGGGACACAUCCUGUCCAACAACCCCGAGUGUUAUGCGACCGGCUGGGGAAGUCUGUCAACCGGGGGCCCAUCGCCCUACACUCUUCAACAAGUGAAGCUUCCGUUUAUCAGCUACGCCAAAUGCAGCAGCAACGAGUCUUGGGGGAUCAUAGUGAAGCCCAGCAUGAUCUGUGCAGGAGACAGGCUUCACUCUGUUUGCAACGGAGACUCGGGGGGCCCCCUGAACUGUAUGACGGACAGAGGGUGGGAGGUGCACGGCAUCGCGAGCUUCGUGUCUUCUUUAGGCUGUAACUUUCACACAAAGCCGAGCGUCUUCACCCGCGUGUCCGACUACAAUCCCUGGAUCACCUCCAUCACGGGGAUGCAGUUCUCCACGACGGUAUCACCAACAACGACCAAUAAAUCGUCCCCGACGACCAAGAAAGUGUCCCCGACGACCAAGAAUUGGGUCCCAACGACCAGUAAAUCGUCCCCAACGACCAAGAAAUUGUCUCCAACGACCAAGAAUUCGUCCUCCCCUCCUCGCAGUGUGAUCAUGUGGGAGUUCACCACAUCAAUCCUCAUCAGUAUCGCACUGAUGUUCUGCAUAUGAAGUGAUGCUGCUUGUUUGAAAUGUGCGCCAGGAUUAAACACAGCAAACACAGUCACCUCAUAUACACAUUUACCAGAUUAUAAGAUAUACCUACUACACACAUGUGUUUUGGGAAGUUGAGCAAGGUUGAUUCAAAUGAGAUCGGAAUUGGGGAGUUAAAACGUGGGACAAUUCUCAUUAUUCAUGCAUUAACAUAAGUAACAUAUAUACACGAUUAUUAUAUUAACAUACUCAUAUAAAAACACUAAUUUAAAUUAAAGUGAUUAUUACAAUAACAUAGAACCAAUUAUUGGCCGAGAUCUGUGAGCAAAUCAACUUUCUCCACCACAAAUUCCACGCCAGUUUCCACAUUUAGUGACAUCAGCAGCAAAGUCAAUGUUUCCUUGAACCAUUGGUUCAGUACAAGCAAAACUUUGGACCGUUUCGACAUUCAGAGUUUCGUCAGCAGAUACAGACUUGCUUUUAUUCCAUAUAUUCUCCACAAUGACGCUACAUAUUACGUUGUUGUGAAUUGAGGGA